GCUCCCGCGGGAGGCCAGGCCUCGAAGAGCGCCUCAGCCUCCACUAUAAGCUCUCUGGAGCGGAGCCCACUUCCUGGACUGCUCCCGGCGCAGCGCCAUGAGCUGCAGCCUGGACGCAGUGCGGAGCUUCCUGGAGCGGCUGGAGGCGCGCGGCGGCCGGGAGGGGGCAGCCCUCGCCCGCGAGUUCAGCGACAUCAGGGCCCGCUCAGCGGCCUGGAAGACAGAUGAAAAGUGCUCCACAGAGGCAGGCAAUCUACCUAGAAACGUGAGGAAGAACCGCUACAAAGAUGUGGUGCCAUAUGACCACACACGAUCAAUCCUCUCCCUGCUCCAGGAGGAGGGACAUGGCGACUACAUCAAUGGCAGUUUCAUUCGGGGUGCAGAUGGAAGCCAGGCCUACAUCGCCACACAAGGACCCCUGCCUCACACCUUGCUGGACUUCUGGCGCCUGGUCUGGGAGUUUGGGGUCAAGGUGAUCCUGAUGGCAUGCCGAGAGACAGAGAAUGACCGGAAAAAAUGUGAACGUUACUGGCCCCAGGAACAUGAACCACUACAGAUCGGGCCUUUUUGCAUCACUCUGACAAAGGAGACACCACUGAAUGCAGACAUCAUCCUCAGGACCCUCAAAGUCACCUUCCAGAAGGAAUCCCGUUCUGCACACCACCUGCAGUACAUGUCCUGGCCAGACCGUGGGGUCCCUGGCAAUCCUGACACCGUACUCACCAUGAUAGAGGAAGCCCGACGCCUCCAAGGAUCUAGCUCCAGACCCCUCUGUGUCCAUUGCAGUGCUGGCUGCGGGCGAACAGGUGUCCUGUGCACAAUUGAUUAUGUGAGGCAGUUGCUCCUGACCCAGAGGAUCCCACCUGACUUCAGCCUUUUUGACGUGGUCCUUGAGAUGCGGAAGCAGCGGCCUUCAGUUGUGCAGACAGAGGAACAGUACAGAUUCCUGCACCACACAGUGGCUCAGAUGUUCUACUCGGCACUCCAGAAAACCAGCCCCCAGUACCAGAACCUCAAGGAGAAUUGUGCCCCACUCUACGAUGAUGCCCUCUCCCUCUGGACUUCUCCAGCCCUUCUUGCAAUCCCCUGCCCACCAGGCAGGGUCCUCAGGAGCAUCUCCAUGCCGGCGACCCAGACCCUCGCCAUGGCAGACACGUAUGCUGUGGUACAGAAGAGUAGGGACCCCGCAGGGGCAGCACCAGGGUCUUGGGAGCGCAGCACAGUGGAGAAGCCACUCUACAGCCAGGUCUUGCUGACCAAAGCCCUGCUGGACCUGAUGCUUAUGAGGAUGUGACAGAUGGAGCUCAGACUGGUGGGCUAGGCUUCAACCUGCGCAUUGGAAGGCCGAAGGGACCCCGAGACCCCCCUGCAGAGUGGACCCGGGUAUGAGUGCUGCGCCUGUGCCUGCCUCUUGCUCCAAAAGGGUGCUUUGCUACCAGUCAUAGCUCUGCCAUUUGAUGUGUUCAAAAUGAGAAUGCUGGACCUGGAUCAAAACAAGUUUCUCAGGGUGGGAAAUGUGAGGACUUUGCCUCAGUAAUUACUGCACUCAAGAUGGGGCGCGGUGGGGGUGGGGGGCUGCAAAAUGUAUAUGUUGAAUUUCUAACCCCCAGUGUGAUGGUAUUUGGACGUAGGGACUUUGGGAGGCAAUUAGAGUUAAAUGAGCUCAUAAGGGUAGGGCCCAUGAUGGGAUUAAUGCCCUUCUAUGAAAAGCUACCAGACAUCAGAAAGCAUGCUUCUCCCUCCAGCCUCUUCCUUUUCCUACCAUGGGAACAUCCCUCCAGGAAGCACUGAAUAGAAGCCAAUCAGAGGAUCUCACUAGAACCUGACAUGCUGCCACCAUGAUCUUGGCCUUUCAGGCACCAGAAUUAUGAGAAAAUAAAUUUCUGAUAUUUAAACUACA